AUGAAAUCGAAUAUACAAGAACAUCGUAUAAGUGCCAUUUCAGCAGAAAAAAUUAUUGAUAAUCGAAUUAAAUUUCUAAAAGAAAAUAUAUACAAUCAUGUUAAUUAUGAAUUAUUAGAAGAUUUUCCCAAAUGGCUUAAAGGGCUGCAUAUGCAAAAUUUGGCACAUCAUUUUGAAGGAAAGAAAUGGCAAGAAAUUAUAGAAAUGGAUGAUAAGGAUUUAGAAAAGUUGGGAAUUACUGAUCAUGUUACAAGAUCAAUAUUAGGAUCGCAUUUUUGGGCAAUGAAAUUUGGAUUGCCUAUUCCGAGAAAAAAAUUCCUGAGGGAUUGGAAACAGUUAUAUGGAAAAGAAACUUUAGAAGAUUUUCCUGCGUACUUAGACUUAAUUAGAAUGAAAAAAAUUGCUCCAUUAUUUAAAAAUAAAAAAUUUGAAGAUAUUUUGGAGAUGAAUUCUCAAGAUUUAAAAAGUUUAGGUGUUGAAUUAGCAAAAGAUAGAGUUAAAUUGAUCAAGAAUUUUUGGCGUAUUAAACGCAGAAUUUUCUUUGAAAAUAUAAUCAAACGAAUUGAAGAUCAAGAUUCCAAAUAA